CUUUGGUGUACGUGACUCGGCAUUGACCGCUGCACGAAGACUAUCUCUUUAUAUCUACAUAUCUAUAUAUCUAUAUUAAUGGGCCUACGCCGGCCAACAUACCCCAACAAUGACAUCCACACCAACAUUCACACCUCCCACCCCAUCAACCUGGACCCUCCGCCUCAAAAACCGCAAAACCACUGUCCUUCUCCAUGUCAACCCUCUCAAUACGUUCACUACAAUAAAAACGCAUCUCCUAGCUGCACUCCGCGAAACCACGCUCAAAGACCCUGAAACAGGGGAUGAGGUCCAGCUCCCCUCCUCGCCCUCUGAAGUCCAGUUUGCCCGCCCUGUCAACAUUAACCACCCCGAACUCGGGUUUGUGCUGGGCGAGUGGGAGCAGCCAGGAGGCGUCGGCGAAAUGCUAGAGGAGGAGGAGUCUGGUAGGAAGAAAGGCAAGGGUCGGCCGAAGAAAGAUGAUGAGCUUGCGGGGAUGGUGAAUGUCAAUGAUUGUCCGAAGGGGGCUGGAUUAAGAGAUGGAGCGGUGUUGGCGUUUCGGUGGAAAGGAGAUGAAGAGAAAGGGAAUAAGACGGAGGGUAAGCGAAAGAGGAAGGAGCUGGAUGUCGACAUGGAGGAGGGCGAGGCGGACAUGUGGGGAGUCAAGCUCGCGAGUUAUGAGGAUCAGUAUGGGGUUGAGAAUACGGGAGAUGUGGGGGGUGGAAGGGAGUUUGAGGGCUGAGAUGUUUUGUCAAGAUUGGUGUGGCUUUGGGGAAAAAAACAUGUACUGAAGACGGCUGGGAUGGGUACGGCUUGAUCCUUCUA